UCCUGUCCCCUCACUUUAAUCAGUUCUAUUUACCCCCAAGUUCAAUUUUGGCCAAAACAGCAAUUUGUGGAAAUGUUGACUUUGGGCAGAGGAUUCUGUAUCAUCACUGGAGCGUCUAAGGGGUUUGGUCGUUCACUGGCACAUGAGGUGUCCCACUUGCUGGAGCCAGGCUCCGUCCUCCUGCUGGUGGCUCGCUCUGGGUCUUUGCUGGAGGAGUUGAAGGAAGAGAUCUACAGCUUCACUGACAAACAGCAGCUGGCGGUUCACUGCGUCACAGCUGAUCUGAGCACACGGGAAGGAGUGACUGAAACAGUGAGGGUAGCAAAGCAGGAAGCUGUCACUGAACUGGAUCAUGUGCUCUUAAUUAACAACGCUGGCUCUUUGGGUAACAUUUCCACCUUUGGGAGUUUCACUGAUAUCGAAAAAGUGAAUUCCUAUCUCACGUUCAACGUGAGCUCAGCUCUGGCACUGACGGCAGGACUCCUGCAGGUGUUCCCGUGCAGGGCUGACCUGCGGUGGAGUGUGGUGAACAUCUCGUCAAUAUUUGCGCUGAAGGCCUUGCCUUCGUGGGUGCUGUACUGCACUGCUAAAGCAGCCAGGAUGAUGAUGUUCAGCGUGCUGGCCGAGGAGGAACCAAAUGUCAAAGUUCUCAGCUAUUCUCCAGGUCCCAUGGACACGGAGAUGCAGGAGGAUAUUCAGAGGCAGUCAGGCAUCGCGUACAGUCUGUUUCCCUGCCACGUGUCUGCAGCCAAACUGAUGAAGUUGAUUCUCGACAACGACUUUCCCUCAGGGAAGCACCUUGACUUCUUUGAAGUGUGACUUCAACGGAUAACUAAUUAUCAUAUAAUGUCAUUCCUUUUAAUAAAGUUAAAAACUCUGGGCCUUUAAUCUGUGCUAUUACACUUUGUACCAGCUUUAAGCAGGUCGCUAGUGACAAGUGGUGGCUGAAUAAAAAAGAAAAUGGCUGACAAACUUGCCAUUCAACUUUCCAUCUUUAGUUUGAUCGAAAGUAAUCAAGUUAAGUGUUACCUAUUGAAAUAUUUUCUUAAAGUUUGUUAACUUUUUUUCAGUGUAAGAAUAAUGCAGAUUGUCCUUGGCCCUUAAACACUGACCUUCUCAGGACCAGUAGUCUUCAUGGAGACAAAAAUCUGGGCUUUAUAAGGCAGAACCUAAUUUCUGACAAACUGGUAAGGUAAGGAUUUGAAUUGUGGUUAGGUGGUUACGGUUAUGGUUAGGCGUUAACUGGUUAUGGUUAAGGUUAGGGUGUGUGCUUUGUUCAGGGUGUCCUGAUGACUGGAAGUCAAUAUAAUGUCCUCAGAAGAAUAGCUGUGCAAACGUGUGUGUGUGUGUGUGAUGCUUACCAGACCAGCUGUCAGUGUAUUUUUAAAGCUUGUAGUAGCCCUUUAACAACAUACUGUCAUGGUUUUUGUCACUUUUUAUAUUAUUACUAUAGUUAAAGUCUCAAAGUAUAUGACAUUUACUGUACUUAAGUAUCAAAGAUAAUUCUCUGAAGUUUAAGAAGUAAAAGUAUUAAAAAUGUGAGGAGUCAGGAUUGAGCCAUGGUGGCUUAGUGGUGGGGUGAGUUGUCUUUUGACUGGAAGACUGUGUGUUAAAUUCCUGGCUCUGUUUGUCUAUAUGUUAAGACGAGCUCAAUAAAUAAAAGCUAAAUAAAUAUACUGACCAAC